GUAGACGUGGCUCGCGAUACGCUUUCACCAGUCCUAUCAAAAUGCGUUUUCUGAAAGCCGCUGCUGCAUUAUGUGCCGUAUACUUGACGGCUGUAUCUGCUGUUGAAGUCGUCAAAGAAGAGUCAGGAAAUUUAGAGACCGACACUCCCGACGCUCCUGAAACACCAGAACUUGUUACUAGUAUUCAGUGGCCAGAAAGCAAUCCAUUCGGUCACGUGGUUAACGGCGAGAAGAAUGCCUUGUCAGUCCUCAUCGAGAACAAGACCGGCAAAAACAUCACAGUCCUUUCCAUCUCUGGCUCGGUACACACUCUGGAGACCGAAAAAUUCCUCAAGAAUCUCACCGCUCUCGCGUAUAAUAUACCCCUCGUCAACGACGUAAAGAUUGCGAUUCCAUAUAAUUUUUACAGCGAAUUCAAGCCUGGUGACCUGCUCCUCAACAUAUGGGUCGAUCACCUCAUAGAGGAUGAAAAAGAACGCGUACUGGUAUACGAAUCUGUCGUCACUAUCGUCGAACCCGAAGGAUCCUGGUUUGAUUUCAAGUUGAUUUCCACCUAUCUCGUCGUCUCUGCUCUCCUGGGCGGCUUAACCUACGUUGCCUACCUUUCUUUCGUCCCACAGUCCAAGAAAUCCAAAAAGGCAAACGUCAGUGUCCCCGUAUCCGUUCAGGCUACCGGUGCAGGUGGUUACCAAGAAGAAUGGAUUCCGGAGCAUCAUAAGCCCAAAACCAGCAGGAAGAGGACCGGAGGCGCCGUCAGUGGGACAAGCGGAGAUGAGCUUAGUGGAGCUGAGACCAGCGGUGCAGAAGGAAAAAAGGAGAAAACCAGAAAGAGGAAAUGAACGUAUUUCAUUUGCUUGGAGCGGAGAAAACAUUUCGGGUUAGCGCUAGUCGACCGUGUUUUUUCUUGAGCAUGCGCCGCAAUUCCUUCUGUGCUGGCCACGAAAUAUUCAUUCUUCGUCAGAAGAAAAGUUUAACUACACAGAAUAUCACAUAUUCGAGGUAUUCAACACGU